CCAACACGAGAAAAGCUUGGCAAAGAGGUGACUGAAUGUAAGGAGGAAGAGUUGACAGCAGUUCUAAAAGAACAGCUUCCAGAUCCUGAAGAAUAUGAAAUCUAUGACUUCCACUUUUCUGAUAUUGAAUGGACUGAACUAGACCUUGUGAAAUGUGGCAUUCGAAUGUACUAUGAGCUUGGAGUAGUGAUUCCAUUCCAAAUCCCACAAGAGGUGCUGGUGAGAUUCGUAUAUUCAGUCAGCAAGGGUUAUAGAAGGAUUACUUAUCAUAACUGGCGCCAUGGCUUCAAUGUUGCACAAACCAUGUUCACGCUUCUUAUGACAGGCAAUCUGAAACAGUACUACACCGAUCUUGAAGCACUUGCUAUGGUUACUGCAGCUUUAUGUCACGAUAUUGACCAUCGAGGAACAAACAAUCUUUAUCAGAUGAAAUCUCAGAAUCCCCUGGCAAAACUUCAUGGCUCAUCAAUUCUAGAGAGACACCAUCUGGAAUUUGGCAAGUUUCUGCUCUCAGAAGAGUCCCUGAAUAUUUAUCAGAAUCUCAACAGAAGGCAGUUUGAACAUGUGAUUCACUUGAUGGAUAUUGCCAUUAUAGCUACCGACCUAGCAUUGUACUUUAA